AUGAUCCAGGGUAUCCUCUCAGGCAUUCUCAUUAUAACAAACAUCCUGCAGACCAGGACAAACCCUGACACCUGCUCAGCUGAAGAUUACUGGGCUCUUCCAGGACAGUUCAGGACAUUGCUUCAGGACAUCAAUGGUCUGUUCGAAAGAAUGGGAGCAAGUCAAUGUCAUGUGCACAUGUGCAAGGUUCCCAUCUGGAGUCAUGGGCCAUAUCAUGAGGAGGUCAUCCUGCUGAUCAUUAACCAAUCUUUGCUUUGCCAGGAUAAUGGGCACAGCUGGCACAGAGGACUGCCACAGAAUGAAUGUGUCAGUAUUGGUGCCAGGAUAAUGGGCAUGUACCUGAAAGAUACGUUACCUGUGGUUAAAAAUCAAACUGUUCUAAAUCGUGUGGUUGGAAUUGAAGUGGGGAAUAGAGCGUUUGAUAAUCUGCUUGACCCUGUGAGAAUUGUAUUUACCAAAUCAUCACCGGUAAAAGCCAUUCCAAAAUGUGUCUUCUGGGAGUUAAAACAAAAUGGGAACACAGCUGAGGGUCACUGGAACGAUUCCGGCUGCACAACACAAAACACAGUCAAUGAAGUCAUCUGUCAAUGCAAUCACCUGACUUUCUUUGCUGUCUUGCUGCAAAUCGAUGGGAACCAACACUUGGAUGAGAAGACAUUGAGAUCACUAACAUACAUCACCCAGAUUGGUUGUGGUGUUUCUGGCAUUUUCACAGCAAUUACUUUAAUCAUCCACUUUAUUCUCAGAAAAAGACAAAAGGAAGCUUCCAUCCAGAUCCACGUGAAUCUCUCUGCUGCCUUGUUCCUUCUCAAUGUGAGCUUCUUAACCAGCACAGUGUUCAGUUCCAAGAGCACUGAUGAGCUGUGUAAAGCCAUUGCUGCCCUGCUGCAUUACUCACUGCUUUGCAGUUUUACAUGGAUGGGAAUUGAAGCAUUUCACCUGUACCUUAUGCUGAUCAAAGUCUUCAACAUUUACAUUCGGUUUUACAUGCUGAAACUCUGCCUUCUCGGUUGGGGCCUCCCAGCUGGUGUGCUUUUAAUCAUCAUUGGAGUAUGCUCAGAUAAUUAUGGCCAGUACUCAAUUCUUCUCGAUGGCGAUCAUGCCCCUACCAGCAUGUAA